UAUUUUUGCGUUUUGGUUUGUGAAAGGUGAAAGGUCAUCAAAAUGGCAGCAUUUGGCUGAAAAUUUCGUGUUUUGCACCUUUUCACCUUGAUUUCCUUGAUUUUUGGAUCAGAUAUCAGACAAUAACAGCUGUUAGUAAUGAGAAUGAGAAACCUCGCUAAUCUGUGUCUCUUAAGAGCGACUGCGUUGCUCUCGCUUUGGUUGCUGUCCACUCUAAGUUCGUGUAGCCUGUUGCAGAAGCCCACGGUGUUUCUCCGUUAUUUCUGUGUGGCCUAUGGGGCGGUACAGUUACAUGUGUCCGUUGACGUGCAGAAGAAGAACAAUGCUACAAACGCAGGAGCUGUGUCAGGAAGGCCUGUGAAGGGAUGGAAGAUUUCCUCCUUUGUGAAAGGGUUCCUGUUCUUCCUCUUGAGUAUCCUGUCAUUCCACGUCAUCGCAGUGCUGUAUGGGGCUCCUCUGCAAGAAGACACAGAAGAAACCUUCUCCUGGGCCCUGCUGAUGGCCACCCUGACAGCCCUGCCCUGCUGGUGCAUGCUGGGAUCACGGCUGGAAACAUGGGUGGCUGUGGUGCUCAAUAGACCUGAAUCUGAGAUUGAGAGUUUCCUGCAGACAACAGUGUUGUGCACGGUGGUCGGUGCCUGGCUGGGAGCUUUCCCCAUCCCUUUAGACUGGGACAGGCCAUGGCAGGUCUGGCCCAUUCCCUGCUCUGUUGGCGCUCUCCUUGGCCACACUGGAGGACUUGUGCUCUCAGCUAUACAGGCAAAGAGACACAGACUGGACACAACAAGAAAAAUGGUGUGAUGGGGACAAGUUAAUAACAAAGUUAUGCUGUCACCAAGCUCAUCUAAUCAUGCUCAGCCAAGUGUCCUAUCACCAGUGUAUAUUACCUUACUUUACUCAAGUAUGUAUGAACUAUGAACAGUAAAGGACAAGAGUACUACCACACCCUCGGUGUUGCUGAUGUCACUGAUAUAUUCCAGGGUUUAGGAUCUAGAAACAACAUGACCUAGAUAUGUGGUAUGUUUUCAUCUGUAGUGACUGGGUACUAAACCAUCUGUGAGAAGUAAGUAUAUGUAUAAGCAACACAUAUAGGAACGGUGUCACAGAAAACUACACGUGUUUCCAAUGACAUCUUGUUGUUUUCAAGCUUAAUUUUAUUUAGUUGUUUUCAUGUAGCAACCUUGUCAGUGUUGUUAUUACUGUACAUAAGUCACAAUAUGUUAAAUCAGUGGUCUGUAUAUAGUACUUCAGGUCCAAUGUCCUUUAUGUAAUGCAAUAAAUACCUGUAGAAGUGUUACACGCUUUUACAUUACUCCUACUGUAGCCAGCUGACACUGCAACAGUAAGCCCCAUCCACUGCACACUUGUACAACCAAAAUCUCCCAACAAAAUACUUCAAAUCAAAUUCUAGAAAAAUAAGUUAGGCUGCUUGUUACAUUUUCCAAAAUGUUGCAUUUUAUACUAUUACGUUAUCUAUUAUAAAUAAUUGGUCUGUAGUUGUCAAUAUUCAGCAACAUGUAUCUUUCCUUCUCAAAAUAAAGGAAACAAUGUUUUU